CUGAUGCCUGAUCAGUACGCGCGAGGAGUGGACUGGUUGGUUCGGUAUGGGUAUUUACCCUCUCCAGACACUCUAAUUGGUCGACUUCACACCAGGGAGGGUAUUGAGGAAGCUGUCCGUAAAAUGCAGCAGUUUGCUGGUAUUGAAGAGACUGGCAAACUAGAUCAUGCCACUUUGGAAGUGAUGGCCAGACCUCGCUGCUCUCUCCCGGACACCAUCAGCUCUGAGGAUCUGCUGAAAGGAAAGAGGAGAGGAAAAGAGAAGCUAAAGAGGAAAUACACUCUGCCAAGAUUGAGAUGGGACAAGACCGACAUCACCUGGAGUGUGCAAGAGUUUCCCUCUCCCUCAAUGUCUCCCACUCUGCAUCCAGGGCUGGUCAGACUAAUUCUGACCUCUGCCCUCCAAGUAUGGAGUGAUGUCACACCUCUACGUUUCCACCCCUCUUCAUACGACCCAUCACCACAGAUAGAAAUCAAAGUCACCUUUGUCAGCGGCUACCAUGAAGAUGGAUAUCCUUUUGAUGGCAGGGGGGGCACUCUAGCACAUGCAUUCUUCCCAGGAAAGGGAGAUCUUGCUGGUGACACACACUUUGAUGAUGGAGAGAGCUGGAGCUAUGGAGACUGGAGCAGCUCCACAGAUUUAUUCACAGUUGCAGUGCAUGAGUUUGGUCAUGCUUUAGGCCUGUUUCACUCAUCCUCCAAUGACUCCAUCAUGAAGCCUUAUUACCGUGGUCCUGUGGGAGACAUGCACAGCUUCUCCUUAUCCCUUGAAGACAGACUGAAAAUACAGGCGCUUUAUGGAAAGAAACAAGCUUUUAAACCUUCUGCACAACUCACCACAACUCAUCUGCCCCACUUCUCGACACCAGCUCCUCCUCCCUAUGACCCAGAAACCUCUGCUGAUCGCUGUCAGGGAGGUUAUGAUGCAGUCGCUAAUAUCAGAGGAGAGGUUUUCUUCUUUAGAGGUCCCCACUUUUGGAGGGUACAUCAUUCAAGCUCAUUAAUGUCCUUGACUGCAGCUCUGAUCCACAGAUUCUGGAUAGGUUUGCCUUCGGAAACAGCCAGAGUAGAUGCUGUUUACGAGAGAAGAGAUGGACAUAUUGUAUUCUUUAUUGGUAAUCAGUACUGGGUAUUCAGAGACACAGCGUCCCUCCCUGGUUACCCACGACCACUUUCAGAAUGGGGAUUGUGCACUUCUGCAGGAGGACGACCAGACAGGGUGGAGGCGGUAUUCGUGUGGCCACACAAUGGGAAGACGUACCUGUUCAGUGAUGGAGAGUACUGGAGGUUUGAUGAAAUGGGAACAGAGAGGAUGCUGGAGGAAGGGUACCCUAAACCAGCAUCCGUCUGGGGGAUGCCCUCUCACCCUGAUGAUAUCAUUGGAUUUCUAGACGGAGACACUUACUUCUUUAAAGACUCAAACUACUGGAUUUUAAAAAGAGGAGGCAUAGACCAGGAAUCUGCUUCUCCAAAGUCUAUUGCUACAGACUGGAUGAAAUGUGAUGGUCACAUAUUAACUCACACUCCUGAGGUUCCCAGAGGAAGCAAAGAUUGUACUUGUGUCCAGAGUACAGCAGCUAUAAUAUGCGCUUUGUCGUCUGUGAUAUACUUAAUUAUCAUUUGGGUUUUGGUUCUUAUAGUUUAUUGAUAAUCUUCAUAUUAUUUGCACAGUAUUUACUGUGUUGUUUUUAAUGUUGUGAUAUUGCCUGUGAAGUUAGUGAAAAUGUAACUGCCAUUGACUGGAUAGGAAAGUGUCCACUUGUAAUAUAGACUGUUUGACUGUUUCUUGAAUACUGUGUAUUCGGGGCUUUUUAACAUUUGUAACAUCCUCCUUUCUACAUAAAUGGCAUAAAUA